AUGAAUCGUUAUUUAAUCAACCUAUCCUAUAUAGGCACACGGUUUCGUGGUAUCCAACGGACGAUCGACAAGUCGCGUGGUCAGUUUAAGGAUCCACACACAGUGCAGGGAGUGAUUGAAGAGGCCUUACUUAAGCUAAGAUCGGUAAAUGAACCCCUGCUGAAGUUGUCUAGCCGCACCGACACCGGCGUGCAUGCACUGCACAACACCGUGCACGUGGAUCUUCUGCGACCGAACGGACUACCGUACGAUGCGAAUCAUAUCACGCGAACGCUCAACCGUUGCUUUGAAAAAGAUGAACAGGCACUGCGUGUUCUCAGCACCGUACACGUGCCCCUUACAUUCCACGCACGAAUGUGCGCUAAAUCGCGCACAUAUCUAUACCGAUUGGCGGUUUUAAAGAAAGAAUUCUCCUCCGAAGCCACGCGACUACAUCCACACCUACGUUUCAUUCCGAUCGAAGAGCACGAUCGAUGCUACUUUUUAGGCCAUCCGCGGUUCGAUGUUGAAACGUUCAUUAAAGUCGCCCUUACAUUCAAGGGAGUGCAUGAUUUUCGAACGUUUAUGGCUGUUGCCAGAGGUAACCCUCGACAGCAAGAAGCGAUGCAUUCGUUAAGACGCAUUGAUGAGAUUACGAUCGAGCGGGGUCAAACCGUGGCGUCGAUAUAUAAUAGAGCGCAGACCGAACGAUACUACGAUUUCUGGGACAUAAGGAUACGAGGCCGUUCGUUUUUGUACCGGCAGGUGCGGCGUAUGGUAGGUGCCUGGUUGGCAGCAGCCGAAGGACGCAUCAACGAGCGAGACGUCUACUACAUGCUCACAGUGCCAUCGCAAAACUCCUGGUUGAGCAGCGUGUUCGUGGCACCAGCAUACGCUCUCUAUCUCUGCCACGUUGCCUACGAUCCGAUUGAUCUCGCGUUUCCUUGCAAUCAGGACGUAACCGAAGAUGGCAAGCUUUCUCGAGCAGCUGCGCAAUCGUAA